GUCAGUACAUUAAAAGUAACAUAACUUUUCUUAAAUUGAUAUUCUAAGUAAAAGAAUAGAAGUAUUUACUAGAAAAUACUACAAAUGGCGCAGUGAACGCCAUCUGUAGCACGAUGCUGCAUUUUAGGAUUACGUAAAAGAUCGAAAUCGCGAUCAGCGUCUGGCAGUUUCGACAGAAUACAGACCACUUCGAAUUAUUUCAGAAGUAUUUACUGUUUACCAAUUCGAACUAUCUACAAAUAAAGUUAAUAACUAUUUCAAUUAGAGAACAAUUAGUCACGAGUACGUUUUUUCCGCUAGCUAAAGGCUUAAGUGGCAACUGAUGCCUAUAUUUGUCCUUUUAAAUCCCUAUACUUUCCAUGAAGGAAAAAUUGAAAACACUUUCAAAUGAAAUAGUUUAACAAAGUAGCACACAUGUAUGAAGUACAGUAUACGUUAUAAAUAUAAUGAUUUAAAUAUCGCGAUUUGAAAUCAAAAGCCACUAUAGAUAGAUUACUUACGUAAUCGUAUAAAAUCAUUCUAUCUUGUGUGUAUAAUUAAUCAAAGUUUUCAUUCUUUAAGUAACUACUCUACGCAUUAGUCCUUAAUAAGAUUUACUAAAGAACUUACACGCACUUUUUUUUAAGUUUAAAACUUAUUUUCAAUUAUUAUAUCAAAUAUAUUAAGUACCUACAUACAUAUAUAAAGUAUGUCCAUGUAUGCAGCACUUAAAAGAUUGUUUUCACCUUCCUAUGCUCAAUCGUUAAGAAAAAAUUUACCGAUCCUUGACGAAAAUUUCUAUUGGGGACCCGGAUCUUCCCCGAAAGUUACAGAUGAAUCUAUAAGACCGUUCAAAGUGGAUAUCAAGGAAGAGGUUCUCAAUGAUUUGCAAUUACGAUUGAAAAACACCAGAAGAUUUACACCUCCUUUGGAAAACAUCGCACAGGAGUAUGGCUUUAACACAAACCUCCUAAAAAACAUAAUCGACUUUUGGAAAGAUGAGUACAACUGGAGAGAGCGUGAAAUUUAUUUAAAUCAAUUUCCUCAAUUUAAAACUAAUAUACAGGGUUUAGACAUUCACUAUCUGCACGUCAAGCCUACAUCUUUACCCAGUCAUAUAGAAAUCUACCCUUUGCUAAUUUUACAUGGAUGGCCAGGAAGUGUAAGAGAAUUCUACAAUUUGAUUCCCUUACUUACGAAACCCAUGGAUGGAAAAAACUUUGCCUUUGAGGUGAUCGCGCCAUCAAUCCCCGGCUAUGCCUUUUCAGAUGCCUCUGCCAAACCUGGGUUUGCAGUACCUCACGCUGCAGUUGCUUUUAUGAAUUUAAUGAAAAGAUUAGGAUUUGACAGGUACUACCUCCAAGGUGGUGAUUGGGGCAGUCAAAUAACUACGUCGUUGGUUUCUCAAUACCCAAAAAAUGUCCUUGGUUUGCACAUUAAUAUGUGCAUUUCGUUGAUGAGUGUCACCCUAUGGAAAAUAAUUUUGGGCAGCUUUUGGCCAAGCAUUGUAGGAAUUAGCAAAGAAGAUCAGAGCAAAAUGAUGUAUCCAUUGAGCAGAAUAUUUAAAUCAUUACUUGCCGAAACUGGAUAUUACCAUAUUCAAGCAACAAAACCAGACACAAUAGGUACAGCAUUGAAUGAUUCUCCAGCAGGAUUAGCCGCAUAUAUUUUGGAAAAGUUUUCCACCGGUACAAAUCCCAACUAUAGGGCCCUUGAAGACGGCGGGCUCCUGGAAAAGUUUACCUAUACGGACUUACUAGACAACGUAAUGUUGUAUUGGGUGACAAAUUCUGCUACGACAGCCGCAAGAUUUUAUGCAGAACAAUACAGCAAAGAAAACCGUAGGGUAAACAUUGACAGUUUUCAAUUGCCAAAAGAAGUACCAAUCGCCUUUUUAAAAGCUCCUUACGAAAUUAUGUACCAACCAGACAGUUUGUUACGAGAUAGGUAUCCUAACAUUGUUCAAAGUACAGAGUUAACUCAUGGGGGACAUUUUUUGGCAUUGGAAGAACCCCAAACACUUGCCGCUGACUUGUUUUCCGCUGUUGAAAAAAUGAGGAUUUCACGAAAGUAAAUAUUAUUUUAAACAAAUGUAUACCCUGAUGAUUUGUUAAUUUAUUAUAAUAUGUAACUCUAAGUUUAAGUAUUUUUUGUCUUAAAGACUUAAUUGCUGUAAAGGGAUUUUUUGUAUAAUUAUACGAAUCUAUGAAUA